CCGCGUAUUGGAUAAAUGUUCAAGUGAAUUCAAGUUAGAUCGUCGUUGGAUCUGUUCGAAUAUGGAUCGCUGGUUGGGAAAGGUCGCGAUUGUAACGGGUGCGAGUGCCGGUAUUGGUGCUGAGAUAACCGAAGCACUUGUAAAAAGUGGCGUCAAAGUAGUCGGAGUUGCAAGACGAGUGGAAAAAAUUCGAGAUCUUGCUACGCAGUUAAAGGGCCAAAAAGGCUCGCUUUACCCCAUGAGAUGUGAUAUGGGCAAGGAAGAAGAUAUUCUCAAAGUUUUUCAAUGGACUGAAAAGGAAUUCGGUGGUGUUGAUAUACUCAUCAAUAAUGCUGGGGUUUCUAUCCCAGAAAAUAUCCUUGAUGGAUCGACAAAGAACUACCGAAAAAUAAUGGAUAUCAAUGUCAUUGCUGUGGCAAUUUGUGCUAGAGAAGCAGUCAAAUCGAUGAAGAAGCGCAAUAUUCUUGGCCACAUAAUCAAUCUUGUGAGCACUGCCGGGCAUAAUGCUGAGAUGAUUAACUUCCCAGUCAGUAUUUACUGUGCAAGCAAAUAUGCAGUAAUUGGCAUGUCUCAUUCUUUGCGGAAUGAAUUAGCAACUGCAAAAUUGAGGAUCAAGGUGACGUGUAUCAGUCCUGGAGCAGUAGAAACUGAUAUGAUUGCUGGUGCUGCUAUUCCUAAAGAAGUGCUCGAUCGCGAUCCCAUGUUAGCUGUUAAGGAUAUCACUAACGCGGUCAUCUACGCUCUUUCUACUCCACCAAAUGUUCAGGUUAAGGAACUGAUCAUCACGCCGUUGAUCCCUCGCAGCUAAUCAUUUUCUCAGUAGCCGAUCGUGGAUGGGAUUAUUGUUGGAGAGGACAAAAAACCGGUUAUAAAAUUCAGCAACUAAGGAUUUCUACAAAGUUAUGCUUGUGCGGUCUGCGAAGAAAAAUAAGUCACAAAGUUAUCAUCGUUAACCAAUAUUCUGCCUUGUCAUUGUGCCCAUCGUAACUAUUCGUCAAAAGCGUGUAGAUCAUUAGCGGAGACACUGCUGAUACGCGCUCAUUUCAUACGUUGUAUCACAUAUAAUAUAGAGACGCGGCAACAUCUUGACUCCAAGUAUUUAAAAAAUAUUUUCCAAACGGCGAAAGCAAGACGCAAUACAAUAAUCAACAAUAAAUCAAUCUUUGCAUUCAUUAGAACAUGAAUUUGAUAUCGUUACUUUGUUGAAAAUUUGGAUAAAACCUAUUUCUGUGACUGACAAUGAGAUUCCGAAAGAAACUCCACUAGUUUAGUAAAUCAGUAGAAUUAGUGUUCGUAUAUCUCUCGCAAGGUUUUUUUAUCACCAGAACGGAUGAAAGAAACUGUGCGCCUCGAGCAACUUACGUGUUAUGUUUUCUAUCGCCUGGAGAAAUAACACAUGACAUAUUAUUACAA